GUAAUUUCACAACAGCUGGAGUACCGGAGGUUGCUGACCCCUGCUUUAUAUUCCAUACACAAGGAGAAGAUCAAUUUGUCCCUGCAUUGGCUUCUUCUUAAAAUGAGUUAUACAUACAAUGUGAAAUGAAGGGAGCGCGCUAGUUAAAGUUGCCAAAAAGCUCUGCGCCAAGAUUUUCCAUUCCAAUCUCACAGCGAUGUGGGAUAGCAAGUCCCAGAGGAAUAAACAGAAGAUAUAAGAAAGAAAGCAGACAUUUCAGGGAAUUAUUCCAGGACGAGGACACAGAGAAGGAUAUGCCGACCCAGUAGAGCUUCUUUCUGCCGUUGUUACAUGGUGGUGAAGGUGAAACGUUAGACUUCUCAUCCCCAAAGAGGAUGUUACAUAGAAACUAUUCUGUGCUCCCCAACAUGAGCGAGGAGCUCCAUAAGCUGUCUAUUAAUGUAAUGAGUAACCAGUCUCUGGCAUCGUCCUGUGCUAAUAACACUAUUCCGGAUUACCAGCUUGAUCUGCUCCCGGCUUUCUACUCCUUCAUCUUUAUCUUCGGCUUCAUUGGGAACAGUUUGGUUAUUUCGGUCAUUUGUCUACAAGGAGACAUAAAAACUGUGGCAAGCAUCUAUAUCUUGAACCUGGCUAUAGCUGACAUGUUGUUCCUCAUGACACUACCAUUUUGGGCCACAUAUUACGCCUUUGGUUUGAACUGGAUGUUUGGGGCAGUAAUGUGCAAAAUUUCAAGCUCUCUUUUAACCUUGAAUAUAUUUGCCAGCAUCUUCUUCAUCAGUUGCAUGAGUGUUGACAGGUAUUUGGCCAUCGUCUAUCCUCUCCGGUCACAUAGAAGGACACUGACACAUGCAAUUUUUGUGUCCUUUAUCACUUGGGCCUUAGCCAUCAUGUCAACACUUCCCACCUUCUACUUUCGGAACACUUACUACAUUAAGAACCUUGAUGUCUACGCCUGUAUCAUGGACUUUCCCAAGGAGGAGUAUUCGAGCUGGUGUGUGGCCAUGGCUCUACUGAAGAUCACACUAGGCUUCUGCUUUCCAACAACGGUUAUUCUUACUUGCUACACCAUGAUUGGAUUACAUCUAAAAAAGACCAAAGGGUCCAUGCUGAACAAGAAGACCAGAGAUCGGGUUCUGAAGAUUGUCACCUCCAUCGUUGUAUGCUUUUUGAUUUGUUGGCUACCAUUCCACGUACUGACCUUUUUGGAUGUUCUCACAAGAAUGCAAAUAAUUUUUGACUGCAGAAUUGAGACAUUUGUCGAGGCUGCUAUGCCUUUGAGCAUUUGUCUAGGAUUUUCCAACAGUUGCCUUAACCCAGUAUUGUAUUGUUUUGUUGGAAAUCAGUUUAGAGAGAAUUUCCGGCAUGUAUUUAGUAGUAUAAGACUAUUACAGAGCACAAACAGCCAUCACAACUCCUCCAAACGGGGUACUGAUUCUAAAGAGCCAGAGCUGAAUGGAACUUAUGAGAACUCAAAAGUAUGACUUUUAUGAUAUAUGGAAGGCUGGAUUGUAUAUUUACUAUGUAACAUUGUGAGUUAAAAUUUAGGUUGCCAUAUUGGCAGUUUUUGAUUGGACUGAUUAUGUAUAGGGGUUUUCUAAGAGUUUUUUUUUACUGAUGACCUCUCAAUUCUGCAGUUAAUUCUGCAGGGUCCAACACCUGGGACCCCCACUGAUCAGCUGUUUGAGAAGGCCGCAGCACUCACAGUAGGGCUGCGGCCUUCUUCAGUUU